UCCCAUCAGUCUACAAGUGAGGACGAGCAUCAGACCUUCAGACAGAAGUCAAAUCUGAGUUUAUUGAAGGACAGUGGGAAGAUGAGUGAUCCAGAACCCUGCAGAAUUACAGAUGAAGACACUGAAGAACAAACAGACCUUAGUGAAGAGAGUGAGGAGAGUGAAGAUGAUGAACUCCUAAAAGCUGAGAAAACACCUCAUUUACAAACUGAAGAUACUUUAAUGCAAAGAGACAAGAAAUGUUUGACCUGCAGUCAGUGUGGAAAGAGUCUGGCAAGCAAGUAUAAUCUUAAUGAACACAUGAGGAUCCACACUGGAGAGAAACCAUUCACAUGCACUCAGUGUGGGACGAGUUUUAGACUAUCGUCAUCUCUUAAUCGACACAUGAGGAUCCACACUGGAGAGAAACCGUUUACAUGUACUCAGUGUGGGACGAGUUUUAGACUAUCAUCAUCUCUUACUCAACACAUGAUGAUCCACACUGGAGAGAAAACCCACAGAUGUGAUCAAUGUGGCAAAACAUUCUUGAGGGCGUCAGCGCUGAAACUCCAUCUCAGAGUUCAUACAAAGGAGAAGCCUCAUUCAUGCUCUGAGUGUGGAAAGAGUUUUACAGAGCAUUCAAGUUUAAGACGCCAUCAGAAGAUCCACACUGGUGUUAAAGAGUAUAUGUGCUUUGAGUGUGGGAAGACUUUUAUUACAGCUGCAGAACUGAAACACCACCAGAGGAUCCACACUGGAGAGAAACCGUACAAGUGUUCACACUGUGAUAAGAGAUUCAGUCUGUUAGGAAACCUAAAAACACAUGAGAGACUUCACACAGGAGAGAAACCGUACUCAUGUGAUCAGUGUCUGGAGAGAUUCACACACUCGGUGCAGCUUAAGAAACACCUGAAAGUCCACACUGGAGAAAAGCAGCACACAUGACAUCAGUGCAGAAGAGCAUUCUCUGGUGUGUGAGG